CAGGUAACCGAAUAUCGUUACGGCCGCAGUUACGGCAGAGAGCAGCCCAUCAGUUGGCAGCGUCUUGGCACUUUUUUUGCUGGUGUAGUUCGACAUGUACGUCCUCUACCUGCUCUGAAUGCUCUUGAAUGUGCGGUUGCUUUACGCAUAGUCGACGACAUUGAAGAUGAAGUGACUCAAACGCUAACUGAUGAAGACAAGGCAAUCAUUCGUGGUUGGCUAACGAACAUCCAGAUGCGACACUUGAGCGACUUCCUCCCAGACACUCCGUAUUCGGUUGAUAAUGCAGCUCAGAUUCUGCUGGACCCUCUUCGCACUCGUCUGUGGAAUAUUCCUGAGCAGAACUGUGAUAUCCAAUUGGGCUCUCCGAAUGUUGAGGUGGAGGUCGAUUAG